AUGAUAUCGAAUUCAUUUCACGUUUUAGUGCGAGCUUUAAGUUGUUUAGUGUUGAUAUUUGACGCAUUUUCAAGUUCACCUCUUUUUCGUGAGUCAAUAUAUGCAUUUUCAUGGAUACCUGGAUUCAUCUCUUUACAUUGGUAUCUACAUGGCAUCAUUGUCAUUAUCCCAAAGAUACGUUUUGAUUGUCAGCCCGUAAACUCUUCAGGUUUUAGAAAGAUGAUUAUUCCGCAAGAAGAACAAGUUAGAAUAUUAACAUGGAUAACCAUACUUCUCACCAUAUUAUGCAUAUCAAUUCCGUCGAUAUUUGCAGCACAUUUUCGUGAAAAUUAUAAUUCAUUGAAUGAUCUGAAAGAAGCCAGAAGAACGCAAAUUAUAUUUCUUUGGUUAUCUUGUUUGCUUGUUUUGGUUUUAAUUGUAUAUUAUGGUAGAGCCGUAGUAACUUUAACGAAAGAGAGUCUAAGAAUAACUCUUGUUGAAGAUGAUCAAUGGAUGAAACAAAUGGAGGCUUACAAUUGGGUGUGUGGAAUUGUUUUUUUUUUCUGGUCGAUUGCACUUAUUCCUCCAAUUAUAAAUUACGACAUAAUGGAGCAAAAGGUUGCCUCAACGAUUUACUCUUUCUUCUCCAAUGAUGCGACACCCGUAUUUUUUGGAUUUUUGAUAUAUACAAUUAUUAAAGAAACUUCAAUAAACACCCCAACUAGCGAGUCCUACGAUGAACACAUUAGCACAUGGUUUCAAAGCGGAAACGAAAAUACAGUGCUAAUACAAUUAAGUCCUAAUAAUUUAAAACAUGACAGCAUAAAUACAAGUGAACUUUGUUAUAGCACAAAUAUUCAUGUGACAAAUAGUUUACGUUCGCAGUCAGGAACUGAGGAAUAUCAAGACACUAAUACGAGUAAUACUAUAACUGAUUCUAAUCAAAACAAUUUAGCGGAAACUGAUGAACACCAAGAUACCAAUACCAGUGACAAUAUAAUUGACUCUAAUCAAGAUAAUUUAGAAGGAACUGAUAAACAACAAGACACUAAUACCAGUGAUAAUAUAAUUGACUCUAAUCAAGAUAAUUUAGAAGGAAUGGAUAAACAACAAGACAUUAAUACCAGUGAUAAUACAAUUGAUUCUAAUCAAGAUAAUUUAGAAGGAAUUAAUAAACAACAAGACACUAAUACCAGUGAUAAUAUAAUUGAUUCUAUUCAAGAUAAUUUAGAAGAAACUGAUAAACAACAAGAUAAUUUAAAAGAAACUGAUAAACAACAAGACAAUAAUACUAAUCAAGAUAAUUUAAAAGAAACUUAUGAACACAAAGACACUAAUACUACGUAG